UGGAAAUUUAGAUUUUUUUGGAUAUUUUUUAAAUCUUAACGAAUUUGACACGGCAUGGAAGCAAAAAGAAAAGCAAUGGACGGAGCACUCGUUCCAGUUAAACGUCCUAGAAAUGAAUUAGUAGCUGUGGGGGAUAAGGAAAACUCAAUAGUACAGAGUGGUAUACAAAGAUUAUCAAAUCUUGAAGCACCCAUUAUGUUGCUCACUGGACACGAAGGGGAUAUAUUCUGCUGUAAAUUUUCCCCAGAUGGAAAGAUGUUAGCCUCUGCAGGGUUUGACCGCUUGAUUUAUUUCUGGAAUGUGUAUGGUGAUUGUGAGAACUUUGCUGUAUUAAAAGGACACUCUGGUGCAAUAAUGGAAAUACAAUUCUCAACUGAUGGAAGUUCAUUAGUAUCAGCAGCCACAGACAAGACAUUAUCAUUGUGGGACGUGGAUGUUGGGACAAGGGUAAAGAAGUUCAAAGGUCAUAAUAGUUUUGUAAACUGUUGUAAUAUAGCAAGGCGUGGCCCACAGUUGGUGUGUAGUGGAAGUGAUGAUGGAACUAUAAAGUUAUGGGAUUGUCGGAAGAGAGGAGUGUUACAGUCAUUUCAAAACACAUACCAGGUCACUUCCAUCACGUUCUCCGAUACAGCUGAACAAAUCUUCUCCGGUGGCAUAGAUAAUGAUUUAAAGGUUUGGGAUUUACGGAAGAAUGAUGUAUUAUACAGAAUGCGAGGGCACUCGGACACGGUUACAGGAAUGCAUCUCUCGCCAGAUGGGUCUUAUUUACUAACAAACAGCAUGGACAAUACAGUGCGUAUUUGGGAUGUACGACCAUUUGCUCCACAAGAAAGGUGUGUUAAGAUUAUGCAGGGACAUCAACAUACGUUUGAAAAGAAUCUUUUACGAUGUGCAUGGGCACCUGAUGGCAGUAAGGUCGCAGCAGGGUCUGGUGAUAGAUUUGUAUAUAUCUGGGACACGACGUCCAGGAGAAUAUUAUAUAAACUCCCAGGACAUGCAGGAUCUGUAAACGAAAUUGACUUCCAUCCAGAAGAACCAAUAAUUGCAUCUUGUGGCAGUGACAAAAAGAUAUAUCUUGGUGAAAUAGAAUGAGACAUGCACACAAAAAAUGGAAAAACGACUGUUGUUAUAUUUCGAGAAAUGUUACAAAAAGUAUAAAAUACAUAUUGAGGGCAUCUUAUGACAAAAGACAAUGGUCUAAGGGCACUUAUAUGAAAUAUAAUCAAUGCUCAAUAACUAUUGUGGUCUGAGAGUGUCUCUACAAUGUGUAUUUUUUUGUGACAUGAGCUGGGUUGUAACAUUGAAAAUAACAAUGCUCCAAGGAAGAUAUGUCCCAAUAUAGAACUGGCAGCUGUAUUGAAAAUUCCUGUAAUUUGUAAAAAUGACUUUUUUUUUUGUUAAGAUAGUUCAUGUGAAAGGAGGUGUAGUUUUUUGUUGAGAUAGUUAAUGUGAACGGAGCUCUUUACCAUUACUUUCCUUGAUCAUUUUUCAGAAUACUGUGAAUUCACUAAAUUUUGUGGGCAUGAAAUUUCGGGAUUUUUUGUUACAAAGAACAUUUUCAUUGGUUCUUAAAUUUGUUGAAUGUUUAUUUUUCUAUAAGGUUAAAUGUAAAUAAAGUCAUACAAAAUGAUCUUACAGCAGACAAAAUGAAAUUUUGUUGCAUUUUAAAUUUGUGGAUUGACCUAUCCACAAAAAUAAGUGACCCACGAGUAUUAAUGAUUUUACAGUUAUUCUCAUUUCACUAGACUGAUUUCAUGUUUGUAUAUGUUUAAAAAAAUCACAUGGAAACUCGUAAAAGUGAUAUGAAAAUUGAUUAUGCAUUUUACAGUAAACAUCAUUGAAGAAUUCAUUUACCAUUCACAAAAUUACUGUUUACAGAUAGUUUCUGAAAUCAUUGAAAAAUUCAUUUACCAUUUUCAGAAAUGCCAUUUAAAGAAAUUGAAAAAUUCAUUUACCAUUUUCAGAAAUACCAUAUAACGAAAUCAUUGAAAAAUUCAUUUACCAUUUUCAGAAAUGCCAUUUAAAGAAAUCAUUGAAAAAUUCAUUUACCAUUUUCAGAAAUACCAUAUAACGAAAUCAUUGAAAAAUUCAUUUACCAUUUUCAGAAAUGCCAUUUAAAGAAAUAAUUGAAAAAUUCAUUUACCAUUUUCAGAAAUACCAUAUAUAGAAAUCAUUGAAAAAUUUAUUUUCUAUUUUCAGAAAUAAUUGACAAAUUCAUUUACUGUUUUAUAGAAUAUCAUUGAAAAAUUCAUUAAGCAUUUACAGAAGUCAUUGACAAAUUCAUUGAAUGUCUGAAAAUUCAUUUACAAUUGAAAUUUAUUUAUAAUAAGUUAGGGGUUAUUCUAAAUAAUAAUAUAGAUAAUUUUUUGUCCUGUACAUGCAUUGAAGUUAUUGUCAUACUUUUAUCAUGAUAUCAUUGUGAUAUAUUUGUGAAUUUUACAUAUAUGAGUACAUAUAAAAAGGUAUGAAACAGAGA